CCCGGACGCUAAGCCCUGCCCUCGCUAAGGCCGGAGCAGGAAGCGUCCUGGGCGGAGAGGGAUUCGGCUGCUGAUCUGUUAUGGGAGACGGAAGUGGGGUCUGACGGGAGCGGCCGGGGAUGGGUCUCCCCUUUACUCAGCGCCGGGGUUUAAAGGGACAGGAGUGAGAGGAAGGGGCGAUGAGAGCUGGGGCAAUGGCCGCCGAUAAGACUUUCAGCAGGAGCGGCCGGAGGGACGAUGAGAACGGGGAUCUGGACCGAUCGCUGCAGCAAAUGAUCUCGGCCAUCGUGGAUGAGAGAAAUCGCAUGAAUAUCCGCCAGGAGAUCAGCGGCCUGGGUUGCUUUAAAGAUGACCGGAUUGUGUUCUGGACCUGGAUGUACUCCACGUAUUUCAUGGAGAAGUGGGCCCCGCGGCAGGACGACAUGCUCUUCUAUGUCCGGCGCAAGCCUGCGUACAUGGGCCCCGAUGGGAAUGAGGGGAGAAAGGUUGAGGUCGAGGUCUAUCGAAAAGACUCGAAGAAGCUCCCUGGUCUCGGAGACCCCGAUAUCGACUGGGAAGAAAGCGUCUACUUGAACCUCAUCCUACAGAAGUUGGAUUACAUGGUGACCUGUGCCGUAUGCACUCGCUCUGAUGCUGGGGAUAUUCACAUUCAUAAGAAGAAAUCUCAGCAAGUAUUCGCCUCGCCCAGCAAACACCCCAUGGACAGCAAAGGGGAGGAGUCCAAGAUCAGUUACCCCAACAUCUUCUUCAUGAUCGACAACUUCGAAGAGGUAUUUAGUGACAUGACGGUAGGAGAAGGCGAAAUGGUCUGCGUUGAGCUUGUGGCCAGAGACAAAACCAACACGUUCCAAGGGGUCAUCUUCCAGGGCUCCAUCCGAUACGAGGCUCUCAAGAAAGUGUAUGACAACCGGGUCAGUGUAGCAGCAAAAAUGGCUCAGAAGAUGUCGUUUGGCUUCUACAAGUACAAUAACAUGGAGUUUGUGCGUAUGAAAGGGCCCCAAGGCAAGGGCCACGCAGAGAUGGCAGUGAGCAGAGUAUCUACAGGGGACACCUCUCCCUAUGGCACAGAAGAGGACUCGAACCCUGGAUCCCCAAUGCACGAGCGGGUGACCUCAUUCAGCACUCCUCCCACUCCCGAGCGCAACAACCGCCCCUCUUUCUUCUCGCCGUCUCUAAAGAGAAAAGUCCCCCGGAACCGAAACGCUGAGAUGAAGAAAUCUCAUUCGGCAAACGACAGCGAGGAAUUUUUCAGAGACAGCGACGAUGACGGAGAUCUACAUAAUGUAACCAACCUGAGGUCGCGCUCAUUAUCGGGGACGGGUCGCUCGCUGGUGGGGUCGUGGCUGAAGCUGAACAGGACGGAGGAGAACGCUCUACUCUAUGCACAUCUAACCUACGUCACUUUGCCACUGCUGCGCAUAUUGUCAGAUAUUCUGGACGUGCGACAGAAGCCCAUUCUGAUGUCAUAGUGAAGGGACCACCGUUUGGGGAGGUGCCAAAGUGCCUAAUCGACCUCCUGUGAUUUUUGUUUUGGCUCCACUGAGUGUCAGCGAACAAGAAACCUACAAAAACAAAAUGACUUAACCCCUUUUCAUUCUGCAGAGACCUGCAAUGAGUGUUUCAGCCCGCUGCAGCAGCAAAGAGGUUAACAGGAAAAAACAAAAACUACCAGCCAAUCAGAAGUGCCUCUUUUUACCCUUCCUGCGGGCCUAUGAAAUAUUUACAUCUAACGGCGUCUCUGGGGGAAAAAAAAAAAAAAAGAGCGUGUUGGGGGGGGACUUUGUAACUUUAAAAAGGGGGAUCUGUUUAACAAGGAAACGAGAAUUUGCUUUAGGAACAAUUUGUGAUACUUUGUUACAAACAGUAAUCGAACAAAGGGCCACCUCCAUAAUGUGUGUUACAGAAAAGGCAACUAAUAGUGUGCCACAACUCCCAGCAGCCUUUGCUGGGGUGGAGGCUGGGAGUUCCAUUGCACAUACACUUGUGAAAUUGAAAGACCAUUUCCGCUUUUGACAUAAACCAGAAUUUCAUCGCUUUUGGGGGAGGGGAAGAAAUAACAAUCCGGCUGCAGCGCUCACCUGUUUGUAGCUCUGCUUCCUGGUUCUGUGCUUAGCACCGCCCACUAUGGGCUGGCCAGUGACUUUUUUUUUUCUUCAUUUCCUGCCAAUGAAACAUUUCCCAUUGGCUCUUAUCCUGUAGCACAGCAAGCACUCCAUCUAUUGGUCAGCAAGUAACAUUGCAGCCGCGGCUAACAAACAAAAUGGCAGCUUCCCUACCAACAGAGCAAGAAAAGGAAGAAUGUUUAAGAGUAACAACUGCACUACACACAUUUUUAUAGUUUAUAUCCUUGUUUCAAUGGUUUUUAUAUAGUAUUACCUUGAUUUUCAGACAGAUGUCACUGCCCCUUUAACCUUUCUUACCAUUGAGUUAGUUGGAUGAUGCUUGGAACGUAAUUGGGUGCAGCAUAAACAGUUGCAAAACGGAUGUAGGUUCAGUGCAGCUUAAGAAUGUUUUUGUAUCUGUUGAGGGGGGGGUAUUUAGGGAAAUUGGGGGGAGGGUGUAACUUCAUCGUCAUCACUGGUCUGUUUGCAAUCCUGAUUUGUUGUAUGUACAGAAUAAUUCAUGUGCCAUUAAGAAUCAAAGACUUUGUGCUUAGCUGGCUUGGGGCAGAUGGGGCAAUUGCAGAUGAGGUGACUUCUGUCUCCCAAUAUACAAGGGCAGCAAUGGCGUUUGCCCCGUUUGUCAUCAGUUGGAUAUUAUUGCAUCUAGAUCAAGUGUGUCCCGUCCACAGCCGUUCUCCUGUGAUGGAACUGCAGCCAGCAGUUGGCCGCUGACAGUUGCCGUGCUAGAGCAGUUCUAGGGUCAGUGAUUGGGCGUUGCGUCAUAUUUUUUAUUUAUAAUAAAUAUAUAAUAGAGGAGCUCAAACAAUUUCCUGCUGUGAGAUCCAAUGUCCGUGUUCCGUCCACCCGAUUAUCCAGAUAAAGAAGCACUUAAAUUCCAAAGAAAUCUUGCCCAAUCAGAUCAAGCCUCUCACCUGUAACCGACUAUCAAGAUAGUUUUCCAUCUUUUAGCGAUAUCACUUGUCGUCUCCCGAGACCUCGCUUUCACCUAAGUGACCUCAUGGCUUCCUUGGUUUGAGUUGUGAUCCAGUGGGUUGGACCUUGCACUAGUGGGAGGUGCUAAAUCUCAUUGUGAAUGUAGAUGCUUUCUGGUUGAAGUAGGCCAGGUCUAUGUGGGUCACCAAAACAAUUCUAAAGUAGGUCAUCAAUUUUUCCACCAGCCCCCUACGGUAAGGUGGGUAGGUUAUGGUUAUAUGACAGCUCUCUAGGUCAGGACACGAUUCCUUUUUUGUUGACCCACAGCACUAGGGAUGUACCAAAUCCAGGGUUCUGUUUAAGAUUUGGCCAUUUUCAGCAGGAUUUGAAUUGGGCUGAAUCAAAGUGCGCGGCGUUGCUCUAAUGUGCACAUGCAAAUUCGGGUUUGGUUGAAUCCUUCAUGAAAGAUAUGGGAUUCGGUGCAUCCGCUACACAUCACUUACCUGUAGCUAAAGGGAUUCUGUGCAUGGGCGUUGGGCAGAGGAUCUCAACUGACAGUUUUGUACAAUGGAGAACGGUCAUUUCAUUGAUUAAUGUGGUUUGGAGACGCCCCCGUUGGUGCCAAUGCAACAUUUCUGGAGUCUAUGGCCACUUGUACAGUAUCUGUCCCGUUGGCAUGAGCAAAUCAGUUGGACACCAUAGACUAUUGGUCAAUGUAUGGAGAUGUAUCCAGUAGCUCCUUGCUGCUCAAGACUCCGUCCCUUGUGUACGUUAACUGGGGUACUCCGAUGUAACGCAGCGCUAUGAAAAUACCAAAUGUGAUUCAUAUCUCAUUUUUGUUCGACCAAUCGUUGACUUUGUCCUGUCGCCCCCCAUUCAGUUGGGCGCUUUGUUCCUUGUUCUCUGUAUUGUGAUUAUCUUUAUAAGUUAUUGAUUUGCAGAUUUCGUUAUCCAGCCUCGUAUUUCUGUAAAUUCCGCUUCUGUUUUCCAUGCGGCUGUCUGUACAGAAUGGGUCGGACAGUAUUACACCAACAGCCGAGGGGAAACGCCACCCUGCGGAAGUACUUAGUAUUGACUCAGAAAUAAAGUUUUACACAAA